AUCUGUUGGUGUUUGUUAUUAAUUUUAUCAUUGUAUAAUAAACAUACGUAUUUGUAAAUUUUACUUUUAAAACUUUGAGUCAAGCUCCCAUUUAAUGAAGUUACAAUUACUGUCUUAAGGCCUACAUCCCUAUUUUUACUUAGUUCAUCAAUUAUUGAAAAUCAUAGCGCCAUGCUAAGUUUCGGGAUCUGAUGAUUCUAACAUAUAAUAUUCUAUUUUAAAAAAUGAGUCAUAUUUACGCAAUAUCGGUUACUAAUUUAGUCAAGGAGACGUGACUAUGAGAAUAUUGUGCUCUUAUCAAUGUGAUGUUGAGAAGUACUAAAGAGUGAUAACGGUGUAUAUGGUUAACAUUAUUGCUCAAAUGAUUGGACUGCUAGAGAUGUUUUCUUAAUAAUUUAUAAAAACAUUGAGAUAAAAAUGCCUAUACAAAAUAACACUCAAUCGAUGGGAUCAUCUAAUGUAGUAUUCAAUACACAAACAAGAUUUGACACCACAUAUGUGAAGACCAAACAGGGUGUCAUUAAAACUGUUGAGAUUAUCCUUGACUUGCUAGGCUUUAUAUGCAUUCAGUCUUCAGCAUUCUGGUCCAACUGGCGUGGAGUUUAUUUUAAUGUGACUGCCCACUUGGGGCUGUGGUUUUCUGUGAUACUUCUUUUACUGUAUAUGUUCCACUUAAUAGAAAAGUAUCAUAAUAUUAAAUGGCUACCAAUAGAAAUGAUUGGAUGUGGAGUUGUGACAUUCCUUUACCUCAUAGCAUCUACAAUUGUGGUGGCUUUUGGAACUGCUACAUAUUCUGCAGCAGGGUUCUUUGGUUAUCUAGCUAUGGUGUUGUAUGGGUUUGAAGCAUUCACCAAAUUUCAAGCAAUAAAGUGUGGUGAAUUGGCACAAGGCAGCCGUGUAAUUACCAAACAGACACAUGUGACUACACCCCCAGCAUUACCCUAAAAACUAAACCAGAAAUAUAAGUUUUUUAUAUAAGAUAAUUAUUACUAAUACAGUCAAAAAUAAGGUUUUGUCAUUGAUUAGCAAACUUUGCAACAAAAUCUAAAUAUUUUCAAACUUAGGUUACUUUUAAUAAACAUUUACUACUGAAAAUUUGUUCAUCCAUUGCUGAUUUAAAUAAAUCAGGCAGACUUUUACUGAAAGUAUCCAUUGUUUGAUAAAAGUAACAAGUUUUUGUAUGUAAGAUUAAAAUGUUUACCAAAGCUUCUUCCUUAAGUAUUAUGUAUUCUCUUCUGUCCGCCUAUUGUCGCAAUCACACUGGAUAAUUAAUAUUACUAAAAUGUUAUAUAAAACAGUGUGAAAGGCAUUUAUAGAUUUUAAGUUUAAUGUAUUUGUGCAUCCAUUGUACUUAGGAAAAAUGGCAAUCUUUAACUUAUAACUUAUCAUGUGGCUUGAUUGUAAUUGGUCUUAAUAUGCUGUUGAUAAAUAAAGCAAUUUAAUACUUGUUGUAAUCUAACAAGAUUAUUAUAAAAAUACUAGAAAUUUACAAUUUUUAUAUUCAACAGUAUAUAUUUAUUAAUAAUUAUAUGUUGUGAAGCAAAAUGCUUUUAAUAUAAUAUCAUUAACACUCAACUUCUGGCUACAUGUUAAACAGAGUAUUUUUAAAAGAUUAUCAGAUUAAAAGUUGGUAGUAACACAAUAAGUCAACACUUAUGUAAAUAUUAUUUAGAAUGCUCUACGUAUAUAACUAAAAAUUUAUAUACAUACAAUUAUUUUGAAAGAAUUGUCAUUUAUAUGAUCCUAUAUGCUUACACUAUGCUAAAAAAAAUUGUCCGUCCUCCGCUCAGUCUCAUAUUAAAUAUUGUGUAUAUUUUGUAUAACUUUUAAAACACUUAUAUUGAACCUGUAGAUAUUUUAGCAAUUUUUUUGUAUUAAAUGUAUCUAAAAUGUUUAGAAAUGUAUAAAAUAUAACUACAAUUACAUGUUAAAUGCAUGUGUUUAAGUGAAGCAUGUAUAAAAGAAAUUGGUAUGUGUGUAAAUUAUGACAAGAUUCAUUUAAAUAUUAAUUAGUUUAUAAUCUUACAUUUACUUGAAAUGAAAUAGUACUUCACAAUCUCAAGUUACUGCUCAGUAUGUUUAAAGGCCUGUUUAACAAGUCAUUAUUUAUUCUACAAAAUAAAACAAUUUAUUAAUU